CCUCUUUACAUCACUCUGUUUAGACGGCAACCCCAGAUUUACCACUACACUCACCGGACUACUGAAAGGGUGCCAAGAUUAAUGCGGAACAAGGACCAGAUCGGGUCGACCGAAAAAAGAGGUUGGACAAGUUUUUUCAAGGAACUAAUGAUGGUGGAGCAAAAUAGAGACCAUCAUUCAGCUAGUCAAUAGAAACUGUCCGAUAGACAAAAUUUUCAGAUCCAGAAAACAGCGAGGAAGUUUGUACACUGUGCUUAUAAUCGCCUCAUUGGAUACCAGUAAUUGAAUCAAGGUGACCUGUUGUACAGAAAUGCUUCUGGUAUUGUUGUCCCUCUUCACGUGCACUAUUGUCUCAUCGUCACAAAUCCUACGAGUCCAAGAGGGUGCUCCUGCUGGAACAGUACUUAUAGCUGAUCUACCUACUUAUCUAAAACGUCUACAUUACACUGACUCAGCUAAAGCUCGUGAAGUAGAACCUGUAGUAAACGAGGAUUUUAUACUGACCAUUGGUAACGCAAUAAUGCCCGGAGUUGAGUGGUUUGAAGUCAGUCCGGUGCACAAGAACCUGAUCGUCAAAAAGCCACCUGAUCGUGACUCGUUAUGUCCAUCGGAUGUUCAGAUGCCACAAUUCGCUUUGCGAGGAGAUCGAGGUGGAAUAAUAUUUCCAGGGAAGGACAACGUCAAGAAAAAAACAUUUGACAGACACAUGGGAGAGUGUGUUGUAAAACUUUCGAUUGUGCACGGCCCAGCGUCAGACCCCACCUUUGAUAUGAUUUCCGUCAUAUUAGAAGACGUUAAUGAUCACGCUCCUAAGUUCAGCGUUGCUCGAUCGACUAGCGAUGGUAUUAUUCCUUUCGUAAUCAGGGUGGCCGAGAGCUACGGACAACCUGAAAAUGAUCAAGCUAAAGUAACAGUCCCUCGACCAUUGAAAAUCGCUCUCCCAAUGGCAUCAGACCCAGAUUAUGGUGUGAAUGGAAUUCACGGUUAUCACCUCGAGGGGGAGGACGCGCACAAGUUCAGAGUAGAAAUCAGCCCGCGCACUGAAGAAACGCAAACUCUCGACUCAAGUGCUGGGUUUGUCCAUCAGCCAAACUUUAAGAACGCGGUAUCUAGCCAGCUUUGGUUGGUACUUUUGGAAGACAUGGGAAACUCAGCGAACAAGUUUGUGACCGGUCAGUUGGAUAGAGAACAACAAGCAGAAUAUCAUCUUGUCUUGGUUGCUCAUGAUGGAGGAUCGCCUCAACGAACUGCCCGGUUGCCCAUCCGCUUGGUUGUUGAGGAUGUCAAUGAUCAUAAUCCGGUAUUCAGUCAAGCUUGGUAUUCCGGUAAGAUAUCCGAGGAUGACCCACCGGGAUCGACAGUACUGGAGUUUUCCGCGUAUGACGCUGACGAUGGGGAGCGAAAUGGGAAAAUCGGUUUCCGCAUUCCAGGUGAGCUGAUACAACACAGAACGGUUGGAAGCACCACGACCAAAGAGAUAUUUUCUUCUGAUAGCCAAGGUGCUUUAUCCGAAGCUCAACUGGCUGCAGCUCAGUACUUUGCUAUAGUGAUAGAUAGAGCCACUAACGUCAAUCAGUUUCGAAGGACACAUAGACAUAAUCAUACACACGGCAAGUUAAUCAUUCGCCAUCAAGCUAAAGAACAAGCUCGACUCGCCGCGGCACUGGCUAUCAGGGCAGCUAGAAGUGGCCCUAAUUUGGCAGAAUAUAACUCAGGCACAACAAGUUACAACUAUUCCGAGCAGUCAACCUCAUCUCUGACACUAGAAUUUGUUAUUGAAGCCUUUGAUUAUGGCAGCCCUACACCACUGACGAGUCGUGUACCCAUUUAUGUGGCUAUAGUGGAAGUAAACGAUCACGCUCCAGAAAUAUUUGUCUCGUACUUGCGAACACAAGCACAGUCCAGCAUCAACAGAUGGUCAAGCGCUUCUGAAAGUAGUGGAUGGGGAAGGGUUAAAGAAAACAUAGCAAAGGCUAUGCUCGCUCAAAUCACAGUCAUAGAUGAAGACGAUAAUUACGGCUCAGCAGAUACUGCAUGUAACACAUCAGACACUCGAUUCAAACUCGAAGAGAUCGCAUCAACGGGGGACUUAGCCGGGGAUCCCUUGAGGCCCUUGAUCGCCCAGGGAAAUGACUUCUAUAAGCACGAUCAGCCAAAUUGGAGCUUAAGGUUUCCUACAUCCGGCACCAGAAGGACAGAUAUUAGUGCAAAAAUGUACAAGCUAAUGUUAGUCGCUGCACUCGAUCGUGAAAGUAGCACUCAGCGGACUGCCAGGAUUGAAUUUGAGCUAACGUGUGUGGACAACAUACACAACCGACAACCGGGUGGGCAGUUGACCACCCAAGUCCCCCUUCGUAUUCUGAUCGAGGAUGUCAAUGACAACCCUCCAGUGUUUCUGCAGAAAAGUUACAUAUUCCAUAUUCCCGAAAACCAUCCAGCAGUUAUGGUAGAGUUGGACAGGACUCACAAUCGAAACGAGCCUUACUUUAUAGGUCAAGUCAUUGCCACAGAUGCUGACGAGGGUUGGCACGCAGCGGUGUCUUACGAACUAAUCCUAGCACCAAAAUCAACAAUAGAAAUUGAUCCACUAACCGGUCGCCUGUAUGCCGUCAGACCAUUUGAUCGAGAAUCGACGGCUGAAGUUAACUUCCAAGUAGUAGCACUUGACUGUCGUAAGGCAAAUGACACAACUGACAUGGUGACAACUUCGGUAAAGCGCCUGUCUAGUCAUGCUGACGUCAAGAUCAUAGUGAAUGACCUAAACGACUGUUCCCCGAUUUUUGAUCAGUUAAAUUAUCACUUCGAAGUGGAGGAGGGUAUAAAUAUGGCGGAAGUUGGUCGUGUUACGGCAACUGAUGCCGACCAAGGUGAAGCCGCAAAAGUGGUGUACCGUUUGGCUGGUGGGGUCAAAGACCGGUACCAUGAGUUAUCGCCUUUCGGUCUGCCUAGUUCACAUCAUACAAAAAUCACUGGAAACCAUAAUCAUUUGUAUAGCGAAGAGGAAGAUAUCAGUGUUCACUUUCAGAUCGAUGGCUCGACGGGUGUGAUAAGUCUUCAAAAUCAUCUGGAUCGUGAACGAAAGGCACAUUAUGAGUUCGUCGUCCUGGCUGUGGAUAAUCCCAGCGGAAAGGCUACACAGAAUAGUGGGAACUCAAGAGAGAUAACUGAGGUAAAACAGUUCACCGCAAGCGCAACAGUAUUUAUAACUGUGUUGGAUAAAAACGACAAUCCUCCGCACAUUGUAAGCCCGCGGAACAAUAUGGAAUUCUUCCUUGGAUCGGAUCAGCUGGUAGCCGGGAACACCAUCUUCACUGUCAACACGGAAGAUCCAGAUGUGGGAGAAAACGGCACCGUCGAAUUUGAGUUACGUAAGGUUGUGGAAGAAAGAGAUGAGUGGAAUACAAAAAUCGAGCAAAAUAGGUAUGCGGCGAACACUACUUCUUUGGAAGCGCUGGUAUCUGUGAAGAAGACUGAACAUGAUUCUUUAACUGAAUCGCCAUUCGCUCUGGACCGCACUGCCGGUAUAUGUUACUUGCGUGAAAACUUACCCCCUUUAACUGCUGCUGGCCCCAGUGCCUAUCUGCUUCAUAUUCGCGCCUACGACCUUGGCCAGCCCGAAGGUCUAAAUAACUCCGUAAUUGUUCGGGUAAUCCGACAGCCUCCCGGUCCGUCGGCGUACAGUAUGCUCCCCGCUCUUUAUGCCGGUGGGGAUCAACACACUGUGAGCAGUAAUGUGGACAGUUUGCGUUACUCAGAAUCACGAGGGUACGAACAGGGUUUCAUGGACACGUGGACGUCUGCGGAACAACCCCGGCUCUCGGACAGAACAUUAGUCGUCGUGUUAUCCACUGUGUUUGCACUUCUUCUCCUAACUGUUGUGAUACUCAUGCUUGUCGUUCGGUAUCGCCGCACCUUCCUACAAAACUCUUCCCUAACCAUUGGACAAUACAACGCCAGCCCGCUCAAUAGGGCGAAUCCAGGCUACACUCUAGACAAGCCGUUUGACCAUGUGGACUGUGUGGACGAAUCCCCGGGGUCGUUUUCAGAGAUUUUCACAGCUCCCUGGGUAAACAAUUCACGUGCAAUUGAGUCCCCGAAAUCAAUUUUCAGCCCAGCAAUCAGCAUUAUGCCCCCAGGGCUACAGACACAAACAGGGCAGAGAUGUGUGAAAAGAGCCGGUUCGUACUGGCCAUCAAUGGCUAAUACCUUUUGCGUAUCACCAGCAAUUGUCCGACGUGGAGAACAAGAUGUCCGUCCUGCCUAUCAAUCACCCACAAGUAUAACACCAGAAUCACCAUUCUACCGAGUUCCAGUCCCGCGCCGAUGGUGUUUGCAGAAAUGCCAAUUUGGCAAAGCCGCAGGAACAAUUGCAAUUUCACCGAACCCUUUAAUAAUGGAAAACCAAACACUUUGUUUGCAGCAAAAUGACUACUAUGAUUUAGCAUCUAAAAGCCGUAACUCUGGCCCAGAUAAGGUAAUAACAAGAAGCAGUGGGAUGACGAAAUCGACGGAAAGUCCACUCAACAAAUGUGGAUACCUGUCAACGAACCCAAGAGCAGAGAACAGAGGGACCCAACUAGAUUCACACUUAAAACUGCGUCCACGUUCGGCCUUAAACCGGACGGCAACGAGUAUGGAAGAACUGCACAACAGCCUUGAAGCACCUCGUUCAAAUGAAGAUAAGUUAACGAAACUGCUCUCCAACAAUGUCAACGCAAUAAACAUCCAACAGUUAAUCAAAUCGAACUGGGAGAAGUCGCCCAAAGAUAAAAUCGGCAACGAUUAUCAACGCUUGCUUUUACCCAUUUCUACGUACAGAAAGAAAGAGAAAUUCCUAAAUGAUGAUACAAGAACCAGUGGUAAAAGUCCAGAGGAGGAGGAAGACAAGCAUCUGCACUGUUCUUGUCCCAAGGAUGUAAUAGUAUCGCCGGAAGCAACUAGGCAUAUUACAACUACAGCAGUAAACCUACUGCCUGGUCAAGGCGAUUGCGUUAGUUUCGUUGGGACUCCGAGUAAAUGUCAGAAAAGUCGACAGUCAUCACCACCCGACCCACUAAGAGAAGCUUUCACUUGGAACUCCUCAUCAGAUGAUAAUAUCAUUGAUAACAAACAGGUCCAUUUGGGUGACCAUCAAGUGCAAUCAUCUGAGAAUUCCGAAAAGGAGCCAAAGACUGAAAAAUCCCCAAAUCCACUAUUUCCCCAAUUUCCGAAUUGCAUGAUGUAUAGCGAAUGGUGCACAAAAGGGCUAGAAUCCGAUGAAAAUUCAGUGAGACAGCCAACUUCACCGUUGAGAUCGCCUACCCACUGCCCCCAGGGGAGCUUCGUCUAGAAUAGUUUCGGAUGAAACCAGCUUCCAUGCAAAUAUCACUCUAAUGAGUGCACAUACCAUAACCGCUGUUUUCGUCGAGCAAUGCAAUAUUUUGUAGAGCUUGUGCUAGUGAUCAAAUUGUGAAGAGUAAAUCCAGAGUCCUCGGUCUCCUGUUGUAACCGAAAAGCGUUUGGCCAUGCCUUAAAUAUUUUCAAGCAUGCGUAUUCCACAAGUAGUUGGAUGCCAUUAUGAUUACACUGGUUUCUUGGCUGUUACUUUCGGUGUAUAAAUUCGCUAAUAUGAUUCACCAACAACUCUG